AUGGAUCCUUCUGCACACCACAUGAAGUGCUCGCUGUGCCCUGAAAUACCGUCAAUCAGAAUAAACAACCUAGACUACUGCAAUGCUUGCUUUGAAAGGCAGAUUCUGCGCAAGACUCUCAGGUGUCUCAGAGGACUCCGUCCAAAAACAAAAAUAAUGGUUUACUUCGAUGGAACACUGCAAUCUCUCACGAUUGCUCAUGCGAUUGGAAGAUUUAAAAAUAAGGCUUUGCAUGAAUUUGUUGCUCUGAUCAAUUAUGGCAUUCGAGAGGAGUUUAUUAGCAUUCUCAAUGAACUUGGCUUCCACAAACACAUAAUCCUUUCUGGAUGUAAUACAAACAAUGGGAUUGAUCCAUUACCGAGUGGCAUAAUUGAUAUAGCAAGAGAAUCACAAUCGCACAUGCUGAUAUUCCAGGUGUGUGCAGAAUUUGAGUCUGUGAUCGCACUCAGAUCAAUAUGCAGUGGACAGGGAAUAGAUUCAUACAGCCAAAUAUACUCAAAUGCCAACAAUCUAAUCACUGUAAAUGCAUUAGAAAAGACAAAAGCAAAGGAAGUAGUAUAUUAUGCAUACCUCAAUAAUAUAUCAUACACAGGCAUAAUGCACACACAAUGCAUAACAGAAAUAGAAGCAGUGCUUCUGAGAUUCAUCAAGAAGAUGGAUGAUAGAAACAGUCUCUCACUCUUCAACAUCCUAAACACAAUCAGAAAACUUGUGUCAGACAAUCAGACCGCUGUUUCCAAAGAUAUACCAGUGUAUGGGUGUAACACAGAAACAGCGCCAGGCUAA